GACCACAGAGGCUGUGACUUUCCAGCAUGUCAUUCCCGAGGACUAGGAGAUGAUGACGUGGGCACGUGGGUGCAGGGACUGCCAGGAAGGGGGGCACACGUGCACCUGAGAUUUGGAAAAGAACACGGGAAGCUCCGUUGCCUGUGGCCGGAACGACGUUAGGAUUUGCAAUUAAUUUUUAUUCCUGAGACUGAGCAAAUUACCCCUAAGGGAUUGACAACUGCACUUUCCUUAAACAUUAGCUAGUCCUUUGCUUUUGAAGUCAAUUCUGGCAACCCUGACGCCUUAGCCGGGAAGAGCCCUUGCCAGGGUCCCAUUUGCAUCUUGUCUGCUGGAGCAUUUGCUGAAUCAAGGUUCAGCCCAUGCCCUGUUUGCAGCCUCCUAGAACUGGCAGGCGGCAAAAAUGGAGGAGACGAGCCUGAGAAAAAGGAGAGAGGUGGAACAGUCGAUCCAGAGUAAUGAACCCAAAGUCACAAAGCUCCAAAAGGAGGUGGGCCUCAUCAGCGGCAUCUGCAUCAUCGUGGGCACCAUCAUUGGCUCCGGGAUCUUCAUUUCCCCCAAGUCCGUGCUCAGGAACACGGAAGCCGUGGGGCCCUGCCUCACCGUCUGGGCAGCCUGCGGGGUCCUGGCGACGCUGGGCGCGCUGUGCUUUGCGGAGCUGGGCACCACAAUCACCAAGUCGGGGGGCGAGUACCCUUACCUGAUGGAAGCCUUCGGCCCCGUUCCUGCCUAUCUCUUUUCCUGGACCAGCCUGGUGGUGAUGAAGCCCUCAUCCUUUGCCAUCAUCUGCCUCAGCUUCUCCGAGUACGUCUCCGCGCCCUUCUACUCGGGCUGCAAGCCUCCCGAAAUUGUGGUCAAGUGUCUGGCAGCCGCUGCCAUCCUGGUCAUCGUCACGGUGAACGCCCUGAGCGUGCGGCUGGGCAGCUAUGUCCAGAACGUCUUCACGGCGGCCAAGCUGGUGAUCGUGGCCAUCAUCAUCAUCAGCGGCAUCGUCCUCCUGGCCCAAGGAAAUACAAAGAAUUUUGAAAAUUCUUUUGAGGGUCCAACAUUGUCUGUGGGAGCCUUCAGCCUGGCACUUUAUAACGGACUCUGGGCCUACGAUGGAUGGAAUCAACUCAAUUAUAUCACAGAAGAACUUAAAAACCCUUUCAGGAACCUGCCCCUGUCCAUCGUCAUCGGGAUCCCACUGGUGACAGUGUGCUACAUCCUCAUGAACGUCUCCUACUUCGCCGUGAUGACCACCACCGAGCUCCUGGAGUCCCAGGCUGUGGCAGUGACCUUUGGUGACCGUGUCCUCUAUCCGGCCUCUUGGGUCGUCCCGCUCUUCGUGGCGUUUUCAACCAUCGGUGCCGCUAACGGGGCCUGUUUCACGGCGGGCAGACUCAUUUACGUGGCAGGCCGGGAAGGCCACAUGCUAAAAGUGCUGUCUUACAUCAGUGUCAAGCGCCUAACUCCAGCCCCUGCCAUCAUCUUCCUCGGUAUCAUAGCUACCAUUUAUAUCAUCCCUGGCGACAUAAACUCAUUAGUCAAUUACUUCAGUUUUGCUGCAUGGCUAUUUUAUGGCUUGACGAUUCUAGGACUCAUUGUGAUGAGGUUUACAAGGAAAGAACUGGAAAGACCUAUCAAGGUGCCCAUUUUCAUUCCCAUCUUGGUGAUUCUCAUAUCUGUGUUUCUGGUUGUGGCCCCAAUCAUCACUGAACCCGCAUGGGAGUAUCUCUACUGCGUGCUAUUCAUCCUAAGUGGCCUUAUAUUUUACUUCCUUUUCGUCUACUACAAGUUUGGAUGGGUUCAGAGGAUCUCGAGUGAGUAUCAGCAGGAUUGUCCUGGCAGAGGUGACGCACAGGCAGGCACGGCGUCCCACAGCCUCCCCAGCCCCAGUCCCACCUUGACUAUCCUGUGAGAGCACCUCACAUGGCGGCAACUUCCACCUCUUCCCCACGCUCCCCACGGCCUGUCACCGCUGGGGCCCACCUGUGGCCUCUUUGUUCCAUCAAUUCCUCUGAGAAGCAGGAAGGGAAGCACCAUCUUCUCUUGACAGAGAUGCAUCGAGGAGGUCCAGCAGCAUCCCAGGGACACCCAAGAAGUGACAGCUGGGACCAGGGAGCUGGGACGAGGGCCUGAGCUGUCCAGUUCCAAGGCCCCAGGUCUCACCUUCCACUCAGCAGUCUGGGUUCCUCAUCUACUUUAACACAAGUGUUUAAAAGUUAAACCACCUUAACCACUUUCCCUUCUCAAAAGAAAGCACUAGUGCCAAAGGAUAUCAAAAGGGACCACAAACUGUCCCUAAUUGCUUUUCAAAAAGUCUUGAACCAUAUGAUAUUCAUAAUGCUUUACCCUACAGGCAGCUUCAGUGUCAGAAGCCCCACUUACAAAAGCCUGCCAGGCUCCUGAGCACCCUCACCAGGCCACACCUGAUCAAUGGCUCCUUUCCUCUUCUCUCUGCGCAGCGAGCUCCUUGAAGGCAGG